AUGCCGGCCGCUCCGAAGAAGAAGUCGACCUCGACCAACGUGAUGUCGACCAAGAUGAUCGAGUCGCAGUCAUCGUCCGGGAGUGAGGAGGCCUCGGGGCUCAUGGAUAAGGCCUCUGCCAAGCUGCACAAACGGUCUCGUUCCGGAUGCUUUACGUGCCGUCUGCGUCGGAAGAAGUGUGACGAGAAACACCCGUCUUGUGGAGCCUGCAACAACCUCAACGUGAAAUGCGAAUAUAAGCGCCCCAUCUGGUGGGGGAAUGCCGAGCAGCGGAAGAUCCAGAAGGAGCGCAUCAAGAACAAGAUCAAGCAGACCAAGAUGAAUGAACGCAAUGGGACCAUGACUGUCGAUGCGUCGGGCCACAGCCGCAGUAUUACGGUCACAUCGCCCACCGCAACCGAGUUCGAAUUUGGCCGUCCCGUCUUCCCCGAACAGUACGACAUCUUCUCUUCCUCCCAUAUGCCGACCCCCGUCAUGUCCCAGGCCCUCUACCCGCAGUGCACCCCCUACGAGAUUGACGUCAAGACCGAGCGACACACCUUCGUCAACGACGUGCCCCUGCGCCACGACUCAUCGACCUCCACCUUCAGUUCUUUUGCGCCCCCGCAGUUGAAUGCCCCCCUUCCCACGUUCCCCGGCGAGGAGUGGUUCCACGAUGAGUACUUCGGCCAGGCACAGCCCGCCCUCCCGGGUAUCGACCCGACCCUCUGCGACCCCAGCCUCGAUCAGACGUACGCCCUCCUGCAAGCCAACAUCCCCGUGUCCGACCACGACCGGCCCCUUCUCGACCACUUCAUCCACAACGUCCUGCGCAUGAUCUUCCCGGUACUAGAGGCGCACCAGCGCGGACACCUGCGCGCGCAAGCCAUCUUGCAGGCGCUGGAGACGAACCGGUGCUACCUGCACUGCUGCCUCAGUGUGGCCGCCAUCCACCUCAAGACCACCGAGGGCAUCGUCGGCGAGCAGAUCGACCACGACAUCAUGCGCCACCGGUUCGAGGCGGUGUCGCAGCUGUGCCAGGCGCUCGGCGAGGACACCAAUCACGAGGAGAUCCUAGACGCCACGCUCGCCAUGAUCUUCUUCCACUGCUCCGUGGGACCCGCCGACGACAACCUGCCCGACAUCCCCUGGUUCGACCACUUCCAGGCGGCAUCUAACCUGGUGCAGCGGCUAGGUCUCUCCGGGGCCGUCGGCACGCCGUACAUGCUGCCCCCCUUCAACAUGACCCUAACCUCGUGGAUCGACAUCCUAGGCGCAACCAUGCACGGCCGCACCCCCGAGUUCGCGCACACUUACCGCGCCAAGCACCUAAGCGGAUCGUCGUCGGGCCUCCGCGAACUAAUGGGCUGCGACGACCGGGUGAUGUACCUAAUCUCAGAGAUCAGCUGCCUAGAGGCCCUUGCCGGCGAAGGCCGCAUCGACCCGAUGGGCGUCUGCUCGCACGUCUCAGCACUAGGCCGCCAGCUGGAGUUCACCGAGCCAGCCGACCAAACCCUGGAGAGCCCCUUCUCGCCCACGACAGGCAUCCUACGACCCGAGAUCCUAACCAAGAACAUGACCGCCGUCUUCCGCAUCGCCGCGCGCAUCUACCUCUGCAGCCUGGUCCCCGGUUUUGACCGCCACCAGCACAGCAACCUCAACCUGGUCGCCGCGCUAGCCACAACCCUGCAGUACAUCCCAGGCGGACCCGAGGGCUACGACCGCUCCCUGGUGUGGCCGCUUCUGAUUGCGGGGGCCCACUCCGUCCCAGAAAGCCCGCUGCGUCUGGUCCUCGGCGAGCGCGUGGCCGCGCUGGGCGAGCACGCCGACCUAGGCAGCUUCGGUCGCAUGUAUCGCCUACUGCAGGAAGUGUGGCGCGUCAACGACGAGCCACCCGUGCCCUCCCUGGAGGAGAACCCGGGCCUAUCGUCUGGAUCAGCGCCGUCCAGCCCUGUGCUUAAGUUAGAGGAGGGGGUCGAGGGAGAGGUUGUGGGAGAAGUCGUGGAAGGCGUGGAGCGCGAUUCGCACUCCCCCGACCAGAGUGUCGAGUGGGGUGUAUCGUCUGAGAUGAACAAACCGAUGACGGUGCACUGGCGCGAGGUGAUGCACCGCAAUGGAUGGAACUACCUUUUGCUGUGA